UUCCUCUCUCUCUCUGCCCACACACCAUGUGUGCCCACAUCUCCUCGAGCAGGUCUCUCUCUCCUGCAUCAAUCCUCUCGUCCUCCUCCUCCCACUCCUCGGUCCCUAUCCACCCUUCUUCCUAGCACAGUACAGAAGCGCGGCAGGAGCACGGGGGGAGCUGUAGCAGCGGCGAGCCGGGAGAGGCGAGGCUGGGAGAGCUAGAAUGAUGGGUGCCAAGGCCAACGCCGCCGCCGCCGGCGACUGCCCGGAGUACGCGGAGGUCGAUCCCACCGGCCGGUACGGACGGUACAACGACGUUCUUGGCAAGGGCGCGUCCAAGACCGUGUACAGGGCGUUCGACGAGUACCAGGGGAUGGAGGUGGCGUGGAACCAGGUGAAGCUGCACGAUUUCUUGCAGAGCCCCGAGGACCUGGAGCGGCUCUACUGCGAGAUCCACCUCCUCAAGACGCUCAAGCACCCCAACAUCAUGAAGUUCUACACCUCCUGGGUCGACGUCUCCCGGCGCAACAUCAACUUCAUCACCGAGAUGUUCACCUCCGGCACCCUCCGGCAGUAUAGGCAGAAGCAUAUGAGGGUGAACAUAUGGGCGGUGAAGCACUGGUGUCGGCAAAUCCUCAGUGGAUUGCUGUACUUGCAUAGCCAUGAUCCACCCAUCAUCCACCGGGACCUGAAGUGUGACAACAUCUUCGUGAAUGGCAACCAGGGGGAGGUCAAGAUCGGGGACCUUGGCCUUGCUGCCAUCCUCCGCAAGUCCCACGCUGUCCACUGCGUAGGCACGCCGGAGUUCAUGGCGCCGGAGGUGUACGAGGAGGAGUACAACGAGCUGGUGGACAUAUACUCUUUCGGGAUGUGUGUGCUUGAGAUGGUCACCUUUGAGUACCCAUAUAGUGAGUGUACACACCCAGUGCAGAUCUAUAAGAAAGUGAUCUCUGGUACCAAGCCGGAAGCCUUGUACAAGGUUAAAGAUCCAAUGGUGAGGCAGUUUGUCGAGAAGUGCCUGGCCACUGCACCCCGGAGGCUAUCAGCGAGAGAGCUGCUCAAGGACCCAUUCCUACAGGUCGAUGAUAUGGUUUUUUGUCCAGGGGAUGGAGAGUACAGUCUGAUGAACUAUCUGCAGCAGCCUUAUUUAGAACAUGCUUAUAGCAAUGUCUCCAUGAUAAGUAAUGGCUUCUCUGAAAGCAUUGAGGAGGAUACGCCAACUGAAGAUAGAUGGGAUUAUGAAGAUGAUGACAUUAAAGCUGAUGGUAUUGACCUGUUCAAUGGGCAUGAAGAUGAGCCUCUUGGCAAUGUGGAUAUCACAAUCAAAGGGAGGAAAAGUGAGGAUGGAAGCAUAUUCCUUAGACUACGGAUUGCAGAUAACGAUGGGCAUGUGCGGAACAUCUAUUUUCCUUUUGACAUAGAGGCCGAUACUGCAUUGAGUGUCGCAACUGAGAUGGUAGCCGAGCUAGAUAUAACCGACCAUGAGGUUACUCGAAUUGCUGAGAUGAUUGAUGGUGAGGUUAGUGCACUGGUGCCAGACUGGAGGCCUGGUCCAGGCAUAGAAGAAUCUCAAGACACUAUGUAUUGCCAUAACUGCGGAUCAAAUGUAUCAUCAUGUGGUUCACUUUAUGCCUACAUGUCAUCAGCUGCUCGAGGCUGCCAAUGUUCACAGCUACAUGGGCGGUUUGAGGAGAUAACAUUCCAAGCCAAUGGGGAGCAGUCCGAUUUGCAGGACUCUGGAGGCAGCUCUGAUGAUGGAGGUGGCCACACAGAGCAACUCAUCAAAGAUAAGGAGGCCAUACACAGUAAUGGGUUUGUACAGAUGGGUCGAAGAGGUCCUGAUCAGUUUUGUUUUAGUUCAUUCCAGGAACAGUCUUGCUCACCUCGUCACUAUGAGUACGAUACUAACCACCAAUCAAAAGGAUUUGAUAUGAAACAUGAAGUAAAGAUGGCCAAAUACAAAGCACGGAAAAUGGCACAAUUAAAGAGAGCUAUUCAUCCAUCUCUGGACUUCGACAACUUGAAUGGAGAAAGGCGGACGAAGUCUUCACUGAACAAGUUACAGUCUUUUCAUAUUGGUAAGAACCACAAUUUCCGCAUUCCUAACUGCGAGAGAAACCCAGGUGCUAGAGACACUGAUGAUCACCAUGACAUGAAUAAUCAAGAGUGUCACAGCCGGCACCCCGAUCCACGAGCUCAAAUGGCCUGCCUUUGUGAGGUUGAUGCACAGAGCAGUCCAGAUCUCAUGUUUACAGCUAGGAGUUACUACACAGGAGCUCAGCUGCCAACAAAUCUCCCAAGAACAAAAUCUGUAACCCUAAAUGCUGUUGAUGCCUGAAAUGCUUUUUUGCAGUGUAAAUUCCAUAGAGUAUAGAGUGUACAUUGCUUUGGUUCUUUUUAUAUGCAAUAAUAUGAAGUAUAGUUUGGUAGGGAAGAAACUGACGACUGGGAUCAUCUGUGGAUAUACCGGAGCUGUGUAAUAUCCUAGCUUGUGGAUCUGGAGGGUUUGUUUUUUCUCGGAAGAAAAGGUUUCUUUUCUGGAUGA